UUCCAGAUUCUUCUCCGCCACAAAAAAAGAACUAAAGAUUCUCAGCUCCAAAGCUGCAACAAUGGCCACACUUCUACACCUUUUUUUCUUCAUAUAAAUAGAAAGAAAAUAAAGUUGCCCCUGUUGCUAUUAAUGGAACUCUUCAGUCUUUUACAACUCUCUUCUCCCUUCCCAUCAUGGCGAAGCUCUUUACACUUACUUCCCCGCAUUUCCCCGCACUUUCCUUCCUCCCAAACACUCUUCGCUUUUCCCAAUCUCCCUUUCUACUCCGAGCUCAAUCCCGGAGCCAGAUUCAGGGAGAGAGGAGAGGUGUUGCUGUCCUCUGGUUCAAGCACGACCUUCGAAUCGACGAUCACCCGGCCCUCGUCGCCGCCUCCGACCACCGCGCCUUAGUCCCUCUCUACGUCUUUGACCGCCGCAUUCUUUCCCGAUUCUCUGAUGAAAUGUUAGAAAUGGUUCUUUUGGCUUUGGAGGAUUUGAGAAAUUCGUUGAGAAGUAAAGGUUCUAAUCUAGUGAUUAGGUUGGGGAGUGCUGAAAGUGUGUUGCGGAAACUUGUGAAAGAGGUAAAUGCCACCCAUAUAUAUGCCGAGGAGGAGGUUGAACACGACCUCAGGAAGCUGAUGACCAUUGCCAAGGAGACCUUGCAGACAUUGCCUUCUCCAGAAGAGAGCCCAAAGUUUGUUCUUUGGCGAACUCCCUUUUACGAUAUAGAGAGCUUGAUGGGUCUUCCAGCUUCAUACGAUGAUUUCAUCAAAAGUAAACUCCCGGUCUCUUCUCCACUUCCACAACCAGAACUAUAUCGCACAAACAUGGAGUUAGAUUGGGGUUCUGUUCCCACCUUAACUGAGUUGGUGGAGUUUAUGGAUGAAAAUCCAUGUAAAUUAAGAAAGAGUUGGACUUCAAUCAAGGAUAAAUCAGCUGAGACUAUAAUGAUGAAGGAAGCGUUGAAAGCUGGUGAAAGCAACCGAAUUAGUUCCAGAUUUAAAAAUGCCCAGAGAUUUCAGCAGAAAAGAGUAGUUAAUUCUGUUUUUGUCACCCAAGGAGGAAGUACCGUUGGGGGUGGAACGAACGCUGUAGUAAAUGCAUUGGCUGCUUACUUGAGAUAUCUGGAGGGAACGGCUCGAGAUGAUUGGCAGGAGGUUCAUGAAAGGAUGCGCAAUGCUGAAUCUCGAGAAGGAGCUUCUUUCAUUAAGCUCUUUGGACCUGCUCUUUCCCUUGGCAUUAUAUCUAGAAGGAGAGUGCAUUAUGAAGCUAUCAAGUAUGAGAAAGAACGAAAUGCUGGAUUUCUCUCUCCCUUUGGAUAUUCAACAGUCUCUGCUGCUGCAGCAAUUGAUGCUGUUUGCUCAAUGGAGUGGUACUGGCUCAUGUCUAUUAGAAGUCAAAUAAGUGAUUAUAGAAAUUAUCACAUUCGGGUUUGGAGUUGGAAGGGCCAUCUGAUCCAGUAUACAGUUGUGGGUCAUGAGGGUCCUGCUAUUCUUCUUGUUCAUGGUUUUGGUGCCUUUUUGGAGCAUUACCGUGAUAACAUUUAUGACUUAGCUGAAAAGGGGAAUCGAGUUUGGGCCAUCACAUUGUUAGGAUUUGGAAAAUCGGAAAAGCCUAAUGUUGUUUACACUGAGCUCAUGUGGGCAGAGUUGCUAAGAGAUUUUGUUGUUGACGUUGUGGGCCAACCAGCUCAUCUCGUCGGGAAUUCAAUUGGCGGUUAUUUUGUUGCUAUUCUUGCAUGGUUGUGGCCCACUUUGGCCAAAUCGGUUGUCCUUGUUAACAGUGCUGGCAAUGUCGUUCCAGGAUAUUCCUUUGUGCCAUUUACUAAAGAUAGACAAACUUCAGGGCCUGCUUGGCUGGGUGCUCGACUCCUUGUCUUCUACUUAAGGUCAAGAUUAAAAGGCAUAGUGAAGAAUUGCUACCCAAUUAAAACAGAUAGAGUUGACGAUGUGCUUAUUGACGAAAUGUUGAGAGCAUCGUAUGAUCCUGGAGUACUCGUGGUCUUGGAAAGUAUUUUCAGCUUUAAUCUCUCACUUCCUCUUAAUUUUCUCUUGAAAGAUUUUGAGGAAAGGGUUUUAAUUAUACAGGGAAUGAAAGAUCCAAUAUCUGACUCCAAAUCGAAAUUGGCUAUGCUUAGAGAGCAUUGCUACCGGGUCGUAAUCAAGGAAUUAAAUGCAGGCCAUUGUCCCCAAGACGAGCUGCCUGAGGAGGUGAAUUCUAUCUUAUGUGAAUGGAUAGCGACUCGAGAAAGUAAAAUUCCAGUUGGCACUGGCAGUAUAGCAUUAUAGCUGAGAUUCUAUGUACAAAGGAACAAUAGGUAUUAUUGUUGGGUACCACAUUUUUUAUGUAAUUUAUUCAUUAUCAAUAAAGGAGUAGAAAUCAUUUUGUUCAAUUAAA